AUGCUCGUGCUCUGGGCCCUCGCCCUCGUGGCCCUCUUCUCUAGCUCUAGCGCGCUCGCGCUCCCCGCGGGUUCAGACCAGAUUGUGAUCGGCGACUUCAAGAAGGGGAAGGAUGGCCGUCGGUACGAGCACGGGGAGCUCCCUCCUCUCACCGGCACGGUGGGCUGGAUAGACCCCCGGUUGAAAGGGGCAGGCUCAUCGACGUACUACACGACGGAGAAGCUGGGCGAGCCACUGAAUAUCAUCAUCUCGUCCGAGAGCGACCCUUUCAUCCUCAGCGAGAGCGGCAUGCAGACGUACAUCAAAUCUAUUGGGUUCAACAGAGAGUGCCUCGGCCUGCACUACGGUCACAUCCACGAAGCGGACCUCGGAGACGGUUUUGGGCGCAAGGCGGAGCAGUUCUUGGGACGGCAGCACUACUUCCCCAUCAUGGGCACCUGCUGGGAGAGCGUCCGGGGCGGACACCACUUUCGGGCCUGGCGGCAGAAUGGGACGGAGGCUGAUAGUGGGGCGUGGUUUCUUGGCGCCUCCGAAGAGAUGGACUCAUCCAAGAACCACAUGAUCGUGGAGAACGGGUACAAUCGCGGACGGAACUUCAUUGUCGACCGUGCCACUGAGGGCAGCUACUGGAAGGGCAAGUGGUGGAAGGCGGAAGUAGAAUGGCGUUCGGGGCUGCUGCAGAAGGGCAAGCACGGCGUGAACCACGGCAUCGAGCAAGAUGGGCUGGUGGCUAUCCUAACUGUCCUCCGCCUCUGA